CUUUUUCGUGUCCAGCCAACUGGCAGGUAAAGGCUGCCCAUUUACGCAUGGCGAGCCUGCUCCUGGCUGAGAACCAGCUUGAGGAGCUUACCGCUGUCCUAGACGGCAUAGCCGGCGGCGCCGCGCCAGGAAAUAUUACGGCAGGAAAGCUCCGGUCUCUGGCCUCCUCCGCACAUAGGGCCGCGAGCCGUUUGCAAGCGUUUGAGGAUAAGCAGUACUCUCGGGCCGAGGCGCAGGCGGCCAACAAAUUAUUCAAGCAGGCCGUGCACAUGAGCUCGAGCGACGACUCAAGCGACGACGACGCCGCGACGACGCUCGACCAGGCCGCCGUCGACGAGCUGCGGGAGGCGGGCAACGCAUCGUUUAAAGCAAAGGAUACCGUAGACGCCGCGAGGUCCUGGUCCAAGGCCGCGGCGAUGCUCAAGGCCGCCGGGAAACCGGACGCCAAGCUUCUGUCGAACAUUGCCGCCGCCCACCUAGCUGGAGACAAGUUCGUCGCCGCGGCGCACCACGCCGCAGAAUCUGUGGAUGCGGACCCCGACUGGUGGAAGGGCCACUGGUACCGCGGGCAGGCUUUGCAGAAGAUGGUGCGAAACAAGCCCCCCUCACUCGCCAUGGGUGAACGAUUAGAGCAGGCCAUCGCCUCCCUGAAGGCGUGCCGCGCGGCGCCUUCUUUACCAGAAAACAAGCACAAGGAAGUGGAUAUCGCGCUGAAGGCCGCAAAGGACUACCAGCUCCGCACGUGCGAGGCCUGCAAACAACAGUAAUAG